CCAGCCAGGUCAGGGGGUGUCCUGGGAGGGGCCAGCCUGGGGAGAACAGCAUCAGUGUCAGCCCUGGGGGCCGAAGCCUCACCGUCCCACCCGUGCAUGGUUCUGAGCAUCAAGGACCUCAUUCCACCUGAGCCAGCUGGUACGAGACCUGACUCACGGAGGGCAGCAAAAACACACUCAAGAAAGCAGGGAGCGCCCGUGAAGGGCUUGGACGGGUGAACAGGAGCUCACCAGGCUGGCCAAGCAGACGCACGGACCCCGACCACGUGGUGCACGGCAGGAAGGAGGUCAGUAGACGUCAUCCUGGGGGAGCAGGCCCACCUCCCCCCUUCAUCCCGGCUCCCCUCGGCACGCAAGGGACCCUAGAAUGAUCUCCUGUCAGGGAGGCGGCUCUUUUCCCCAUCCUCUUAGGUUCAGUUUUGGAGGCCUGCAAAUUAAACUGGCAAGAGACAGGUUAUGGAGAGAACAGACAUAUUCCUGUGCAUAUAUGGUUGGGAGUUUAUGGAAAAACAUGAUCAGAGGAAGAAUUAGAAUAUGGGGUGCUGCCUUAGGGGGACACGACGAGGGAGGGGAGGGGGGAAGGGCGCUGGCAGGGGAAAGGCCUCCCGGGCCCUUGGGAGGAGGCGGGCUGUGAGCGCUUCGCAUGUGUCUGCUCAGGGGCAGGGUGCAGCCCCAAGUCCCCGCAGAGACCGUCUUCAAAGCCUGGUGACUCCUAGGAGGGGAUCUAUGAGAACCGGAUUCUUCAGAGUUCUCGGGGGAGUCUCUGCUUUCAGGCAGGUAAGAGAUUUGGGAACUCAAACGCCUUCGGUCAACACAGCUUCUCUGCUGCAGAGGCCUAUCGGGGACUCUACGCAGCGUUCCCCAGAGCCUCCACCCAGCUCGCGGGUGUUCGCUGAAGACAGGGCCCACAGAGGCUCAAGCUUCCUCGGGUCACCUCCUUCCUGAAGGUCCCAUGCCAGCGAGAGUGGCCUCUCUGCUGCGGACAAGGCUGCUUGGUGCAGAGGUGGGGGCACCUCGGGCAGGGGCCCUCCAGGGUGGCUGAGCCCCCGUGCAAGCUGAUCCCCAAGAGAGCCGCUCGGGCGUGUCCCCGAAGGGCCCUGUGUCUGGGGGUCUGGUCGUCGCGAUGCCUGGGAAUGCCCUGAACCCCACAGCCCCCCACCCCCACAGGUCACACCUGGCUCCGUCAGCACGCUGGGUGCAGGUGAGGCGGGGAGCGGAAGGGCCCGUCUACGCGGACGAGAAGGGAGACGAAGGCCUGCAGGCCACCCGGGGCCCGCUUCCACUUCCUGGGCCCAGUUCAGCCACCCCGCAGAGCCCGGGUGACCUCAGCGGCAGCAGGGAGCGGGUCUCUGCCCCGGGCCGUCCAGGCUCCCGCGGGAAGUGGCUCUCGGGGACCGCCUCUAGCCUAACACAUGAGCCAAGGCCACUGGGCCCGGUGACGCCAAAGCCGGGGACGCAGUCAGCGCUGGGCACGCAGAGGUCAGUCGAAGCCCCAGGAUGGCCCGCCGGGGCCCUGGACACGGAUGCCCUCCACACCAGCUGGCCCCGGGGGGCGGCCCAUUUCCAGCAGCACGAGGCAGAGCUGUGAACCUCCCUGCCCCCCACAUCUCAGGCCCACACUCACCUGCUGUGAGCCCCUUCCCCAGGGAGCAGAGAGCCCCACAAUCCAACCUCAGCCUCACUCUGAGUUUCCUGAACAAGGACUCGAGUUUCCAACACGAAACAGGAGCUCCGUCUCCAGUGGGAUUGCCAAGGCCGAGGCCGCCAGCCUAGAACUCACUGGCCGCCCAGGCCCCAGACUGGCUGGGCCAAGGGAAACGGGGCUUCACUUUCUCCAGGCCCCCCAGCUGCACUGCCGGCUCACGGGCCCAGGGCAGCUUCCCCCCAACCACCGACCCUCAACUCCAGCUUCACGAAAGGGGUGCAUCUGAGCUGUGUCCCCUGGAGGCCUUCACUGGUCAAACCCAGGGACGCUGACCAGGAGAGGCCCCCGGGGAACCCCGAAGAGGCCACGGCCCAAGGGUGGAAGAGGAAGGCAGCCCCAAGCCCCUGGGGGCCCCAGGAACAGGGGCCCAGAGGAUGGCCCCCAACCCAGGCAGGUGUCUCCAGGGCCUCGGGCUUGCGCAGAAGGAGAAGGCCGAGAGAACCGGGUGACGAGAGGGCAGGGGAGCCUGUGGCGGGGGGGACUCUGGGGGGUCGGGGGGCACCCCGGGGGGGUCGGGAGGGGCCGGGGAGGCGAGGUCCAGCCUGACCCUUGUCUGAGAGCAGCCUUCGGGUUUGCACGCUGAGCUUUACCUCAUGCGUCUUCGGCAGAGGGGAGAGAUGGUCAGAUCGGGGUGAGGACAGAGGGACCUCCAGCAGGAGGGGGUGACCCGGACCCUGCUGCUGCUGGGGGCAGGGGGGAGCCGGCCGUGCAUGGAGGUGGCCGUGGGCGUGGAGACGGACGGCAGGACAGCGGCAGGCCCCCGAGGCCCGCUCCCUGAGGGAGCCUGGACAGUCCAGGGCAGAGAUCGCCUUGCUCUCUCACCUGUGGAAGUGGAGGUUGGGCGCAGAACGGGCUUAGAGCAGGAACCUUCUGCCCUCCUUUGAAAACAUUCUUAAUUUAAAUGAAGAGGAGCGCUGAGUAACAGGCAAUGGAAGCUGCUGUUAGGGGCAAGUUUGGGAUGGUCUCCAGGCCAGUGACCUGCAGGCACAGGGGACCUUCCAGAGCCUGGGGGGUGGCCAGGGCCACACUCCCGUGGGCGGGCACCAGCCGGCCAGGACAGCAGGGUCGCCCGUCUCAGCCUCCAGCCUGCGGCCCAGCCGGCGUUUGGUUGGCUGGGAUUUUAUUGCCCAGUUGUUGUAAAGGUUUCUGUUCCUCCCUUGCUCCUGCAAAAUUGAUGGUCUCGCCCUCCAGACAGGCUUCAGGCAGAGGGAUGCGUCUGGGGGCGGGGGGCGGAGGCGGCUCUGUGGCUGCCUGUUUGUCUCCCCAAGGAGAAGUCGCAGGAGUUUGGCUGCGAUAACAGAGGCGGGAGAUACGGGGAACACAGGAGCUGUGUGCUCCUAACGCACGCGCCCGGCUUCCCUGGCGGCUCAGAUGGUAAAGAAUCUGCCUGCAGUGCAGGAGACCUGGGUUCGAUCCCUGGGUCAGGAAGAACCCCUGCAGGAGGGCAUGGCUACCCACUCCAGUAUUCUUGCCUGGAGAAUCCCAUAGACAGAGGAGCCCGCGGGCUACAGUCCAUGGGGUCACAAAGAGUCAGACACGACUGAGCGACUAACAGUUACUUUGGGACUGCAGCCUCUCCACUGCACCCAGCGCUGCCCCUUUUCAGAGGGGCACCCCCUCCCCCUCCCUCAAAGCCAGAUGCUGACUCUCCUCCAGCCAAGCCCCGGGGUACCCUGGCAUCAUGACUGCAGCCCCAUCUCUUCCCCACUUCCCCCCAGCCAUAGCUACUGACCGCAGCCUCCGUCCUGCCUCCACCCCGCUCCACCAGUGGGCCCGGCCCAGCAGAGCCCCCUGGGAGGUGGAUGCCCAGCAGAUGGAUGCAGCGCUCAGCCCGGCUCCAGGGACACGGCUGCCAAGUCAGCCCCCAUCACCCUGGCUUGGCUCGUGGCCACGUGCUAAGCCGAAACCUCUACGCCAGAGGUGGGGGCUCCUCUUUUAUCCCCACUUGACGGACAAGGACACCGCAGCCAGAAAGCCCAGGGACGUGCCUGCGGUCAGGCGGCCAGAGGUGAAACGCACAUCCCUCUCUCUGAACACACACAAAGAGCCCGCACAGCCCCCCCGGGUCCAUUUAGCUCAGGGCAGAAGGCAGACAGGGAGACCUGGGUGCUGGCUCAACUCAGAGACAGACAGAACCCAUCCUGCAUAUCAGACACGGGCUCCUGUCUAGGAGAAGAGCCAGGCGCGUGAGGAAACUGGCCUCAGGAUAGUGCCCCCAGGGCGCUCACGGAAAAGGCCAGGGCUGGGACCUGGCUGAGCCCCUAUGGCCACUCGAGGGCCCGGGGACCAGGAGGAGUGAGUGUAUGACCUAUGACCCCUCGGGGGCCCGCUGACCGGGAGGACGCCGUGGAGUGAGCCCGUGUCCCCCUGAGGGCCCAGUGACAGGGAGGACCCCAUGGAGUGAGCGCAUGACCCCGGCUGCAGCCACACGCGCUGGGAAGCCGGCUGCCUGCAUCUCCCCAGCAGGAUGCUGAAUGCUGGCACGUGAUCCUCAGGUGACCGGGACACUGUCUGAGUCCUGUCAACGUGAGGAUGUGAGGGGAAGCUCUGGCCGCAGCCCCUGCGCUUCUGAGAGCCGUCCAGGAGGCCUGGGGUGCUGGCGGUACCGGCCAGCAGGGUGCCCCGCCAUGAACACCCCAGAUGCCCACCAGGCAGAGUGCAGGGGCCCGCGAGGAGGCAGGCAGCAGGUCACAGGGCGCCCAGGGCUGCGGCGUGUCUGCGGUCAGACCCCAGGGCCUUCUGGAGGGUGAGCCCGGCAAGGGACGUCAUCCCUCACUGAGCUCUGGAAGGUUCUUCCCCCACGUGCACGCACCUGUCCACGCAGGUAUCGAGACGCAACCCCCUGCCCCGGCCGCAGACCAGCAGACAGAGCCGCGGCUGACGCCUCCCUCCUCUGGGCCUCAGGGUCCCCUGCGGCGCCCAGCAGGCCUCACGGGGCCCCAGGCAGGACCGCAAGGGCCGGGCCUCCAGCCGUGAGGACCGCAGAGUGGGGAGGGAAGGGCCCGUCACAGCAGCGGCCCAGGGGCAGGGAGCUCGGGCAGGCCUCACAGAAUCCUAUCGAUGCCCCACCAGAUGGACACUGACACCAGAAAUGAGCAGAAAUGCUUGAUGAGAGAGUACUGUGGAGAACCAGGGUGAGCUUCCUGGAGGAGGCCACACCCAAGCUGGUCCCAACCCCACGUGACUCAGGACGGGGCUUCUUUCUCUAAUCCAGGGGUUCUCAGCCGGGAGCAUUUUGUCCCCCCCCCCGCCCCGCGCACCCAGGGAACAUCUGGCAAUGGCUGGAGACAUUUGUGGCUAUCAUAGCUGGGGUGGAAAAAAAAAAAACCACCAGUGUGAGCCGCCUGGAGCUGCCAGAGCUCAGAUGACAGGCUGGGGUUGGGCAGCCCUGGAGGGCCUCCUAGAGGAGGUGCAGGCCGAGGUGCUCAGCCAGAGACGGAGGUUCGUGGCCUGGGAGUUCUGAGUCCAGGGUCCCCUAAGCCUGGUCCACCCUGGGGGCUCCUGACGUCUCCAGGUGCCAGACCUUGGGUGGGGCACUCACACCUGUCAGGCCCUUAGAUCCUUCCAGUAACCCGAGGAGGCCAGUGCUGCUAAGAUCCCAUUUCACAGAAGGGGAGACUGAGGCUCAGAGCUAUGGGAGGCCUGCUCAGGGCCCUGGAGGUCACAGGUGGUGUAGCUGGGAGUCACACCCAGGCCGCUCCACCUGGAAAGCAGGUGCCCUCUCGGGGCCCCCAGGCCUGGCACCAACUCCCCUUGGCCAACACAAGCAGCACGUGUGGAGAGCCCUGCGCCAGCCAAGCCUUAGGCUGGGGCCCUGUCCCCGGCUCUCCCAAGAGACAAGACUUCUGUUUGUGGAAUGGCGGAAGACUCAAGGUCAGACUGUGGGGUCCACGUGCCGAACCCAGCAGAGUCCAAAGGAGCAAGAAGCUCAGGAGGGCUUCCUGGAGGAGAGGGUAUGGUCGGGAAUGGCCUCAGAGUGCUCCCUGUGGAAGCCCCCAGCCCAAGUGGCUGAGGCCACUUGGGGAUAAUGCAGUCGGGGUCUACCCCAGGCUGCACUCACAUCAGGCCAGGAGCCCCAGUGCAGGCUGGAGGCCUGCCACCCCAGACGGCCCUGCCCCUCCCACCGAGCUGCAGACAGCUGCGUCCCGAUGCCUCAGGCCAGGCACAGCGAGCCUUCACCAUCCUGGCGCACCCCCUGGCCCACGGCGAGGCCCCUCUGUUGGUGCGUGGUUCUCGGGCUCCCAGGGUGCCUGUGUUUCCCGUGGGGGGACAAGACCUUCAAGGGACCUCCGAGGAGGGUUUCUGAUUAACCAUUUGGCAUCCUGUGUCGCCCAGGGGCAAGCCAGCCCUGGUGCCCACCCAGGCAGAGAGGCGCCUCACCACCAGUGCCGUGGAGAGGUUUCGGGGUGCCCGCUCCCAAGAUCAGGAGCUUCAGUAAAUACUCCAGCGUCUGCCACUUCAGCUGCGCCCCCACCCAGAGGACAGUCCGCUUCUUGUACCUCUGUACCCCCGCCAGCUUCCCGCAAAGAGCUAACGCAGCAAUCGUGUCUGUCACCCUGCAGCCAGUCCUUGACGUUCGUUGUCUCGUCCCCCCGCCCCGCCCCAGGACCGAGGAUGCACAGGGCAGCUCCUUCUGGGGGCUGACCAGGCACCAGGGCCCGCCCGACUGACCCCUGCCUGGCGCUCCCACCUCGGCCCAGGCCCGCGGCAAGUCCAGCAGGGAGGCUCGGCCCGACGAGCCGACAGCCCGCUGCCAAAGGCUUGGCCGGCAGCGGGAGGGGGCAGAGAGCUACCCGCUCAGAGAGCGCCAGCGGCUACUUUCCAUGGAAAAAAUGUCUUCAGACCCCCAGAGGCCGCAAGGCCCCAGCCCAUGAGUCAAGGCUCUGCUGCACCACGGCUGAACCGCGUCCCAGACAGACGGCCCCGCCCCCGCCCCCCACCCCGUCCUGAGCCAGGCCUU